CUCAUUGGGGCGCAUGCGUUCCCCGAUGUAUGUCAAGGCACUAAAGUGGCGCUAUAUCGUUUCAACCUCUACUCAGGUGGUAGCAGCCUAAACGAUGGACGGGGAACACCAGGAAGAGAAUCCUUCACAUGAAAAAGAAAAUGCUCUACACAAUGAAGAGAAGACUUCAUGUGAUGUGGAGAAGACUUUAUGUGACAUGGAGAGAGCUUUAUGUGACGUAAAGAAGAGUGCUGAAGAGAGCAGUUCAAGUGAUGAUGAGAACAGUUCGGAUGAUGAGGUAGGACAAAGACUGGAUUCAAACAUCCCAAGUGGGUCAGAUCCUCUUCUAUCUAAUGCAGAACGCCCCUGCGAUAAUGAAUCUGAGCCGUUGCCCCAAAAAACUGCACAAGCUAAAAAACCUCAACGCAAGAAAUUUGCACCACGGAAAGGUACACGGUCAAGCUUACGUUCUAGCUCAAAAAUGACAGUCAGCGCAUGUAGUACGGCAGAUGAUGGUAAAAGAAAAUGGGGCAAAAAGCACUUCUGCCUGUAUUGCAAUGAACCACACCAUAAAAUUGCAAGACAUUUAGAAAGGAUACACGCAGAAGAAGCAGCUGUCGCUCAUGCUAUCAGCUUCCCCAAACUCUCCAAAAUCAGGUCUCUCUUGCUUGACCAACUCCGUAACAAAGGCAACUAUCAAGUUCUUCAAAGUGGAAAUUGCGAAAUUGUGACAAAGGAUAGAACCUCUUACGAUGGUGUUUCUGUGCGUGACUGCCUGCCCUGCCAACACUGCUCAGCUUCUUUAAACAAAAUAGAUUUAUGGAAACAUGAGGGCUCAUGUAAAGCCAGAAAAGGACAAGAUGAAAAGAGGGGAGGAAAAAGGGUGCGGGUCCAGGCUGCGCCCUCUCGACUAAUUCCAUUGCCGGUCUAUUCUACUGGAGGAUGUGAAGAAAUAAUACACAAUAUGAAUCAAGAUGACAUCUUAUGCCACAUCAAAAAUGAUCCCCUGAUAUGUAAAUAUGGCAAUGCACUAUCUGCAAAGCAUGGCCAUGCCAAGUCACAGUUUACUUACAUUGGAUCAAAAAUGAGGGAAUUGGCUAGAUUUGUACUUACUGUAAAUGAGAUGGAUUGUGGUGUCCAAUAUCUGCAUGAAGUAUGUGUACCAUCCAAAUUCAAAUUGGCCGUUCAUGCUGCCAGGAAAAUUAGUGGUUUUGAUCCUGCCUCCAACAGGUACAAGACCCCAUCUCUUCCUUUAAAGAUUGGCUAUUCCUUGAAAAGAGCUACUGAAAUAGCUUUUGGGGAGAGUCGUAUGACAGAGGACCGUGAGGCAGAGGAACAAGCCAAAAGCUUAAUUGAGCUUCUUGAAAACGAUUGGAAUAACUGUUUUUCCGGUCUGUCCCUCAGCGCUGUCCCUCAGUGUGAUGAAGUUGAUGUGACUUCACUAACUGAGGAUUUGAUAAAACUUCAGAAGUUUCUCAAGGUUGCAGAGGACACGGCAAAGAAAGAAUUACUCGAGAGCCCCACCAACGCUGUCUGGAAAAAGCUCAAUGAAACUCUUCUUGCAGAAAUAGCUCUCUUCAACAGAAAAAGGACAGGAGAGGUUGCGAAAAUGCUGUUGGAAACAUACACAAACCGAAAGAAAGCUCCAGCUAGUGCAGACAUUUUCAAUAGCCUCUCAAGGCUGGAGCAGGAGCUUGGUGACGACAAACUAACCAGGGUGGAAAUAGAAGGCAAAAAUGGUAGAACAAUGCCGGUCCUGCUAACGGCAAGGAUGAUCUCAUCUCUUGAGAUCCUUAUUGCAAACAGAGACAAAGUUGGUGUGUCAAAGGACAACCCUUAUGUCUUCGCACGGAGCCCAGACGCAGCAAGCUACGUCAGAGGGUCUGACUGUCUGAGGAAGUUUGCUCAUGAGUGUGAUGCAAAGAAUCCUGAAAGUCUGAUCCAUGCAACAGUGAGGAAAGAGGUUGCUAUCCAUAGCCAAAUACUGAACUUGAAUGAAAGUGAAUUGGAUCAAGUGGCAAAGUUAUUGGGACAUGACACCCAGGUCCACAAAGAGUACUACAGACUCUCUGAAAAUGCAGCACAUCUAGCAGAAAUCAGCAAAUUGCUGCUUGCAAUGGAUCAGGUUCCAGUUGUAAUUCCAGGGCCAUCUGAGGAAAGGGUUGUUUCACCUACAUGUGGGGUAUAUUCUGCAGGGACAUAUCCAGUGGGAACCGAUUCUGCGAGGACAUAUCCUACUGGCACAUAUACCACUGGGUCAUCUUAUCCUACAGGGACAUAUUCAGCGAAGUCAUAUACGUUGGGGGCACAGCCUUCAAGGUCAUAUCAUGCUGGGACAUAUUCUGAGAAGUCAUAUCCUUCAGGAUCCCAUUCUGCAAGGUCAUAUUCUGCAAGGGCAUAUCCUACCGGGAUAAAUCCUGCUAGGUCAUAUUCUAAUGUGAUACAUCCUGCAGAGACCUAUCCAGCAGCUUCAUAUGCUGCAGGGACACAUCUUGCAAGUUCAUAUCCUGCAAGUCCUUAUGACCUCUCAUCUCCUGCAAGAUCAUAUGCUUCGGGGACGAAUCCUGCAAGAUCAUAUCCUGAAGAGACAUAUCCUGUAGGGACAUAUCGUACAGGGACACAUCUUGCGGGGUCACAACUUGCAAGGUCAUAUCCUGCCGGAACAUAUCCUGCACAGACACUUCCAGCGCAAUCACUUCCAGCGCGUACAGUUAUUACGCCAACACUUAAUGCACAGACACUUCCUGUUGGGGCAUUGCCUGUGGGUGCAGUUCCUGCGGGGGCAGGUUCUGUGGGGAUGGGUAAGGUGGGCACAGUGUGGAAACAGAGGAUGUGGAGUGAUGCAGCUAAGGCUGCGGUGAACCGUCAGAUGGGACACUUUAUCUCAAUGAUGGAGGUUCCAGGUAAACGGGACUGUGAAGUAUGCCUGCACAAUGAACCAGCUCUACGAGACAGGACAUGGAGGGACAUCAAAAACUAUGUGCACAACACAGUAAAAUCUAUAAAAAGGAAGAAGGGCCUUACAAGAGUGGACCCCACAAAACAGAAAAAGAAAGGAGCGGCAAAUAAACAAAAAGAGGCAAAUCGUGCUAAAGAAUGGGUUGGUGGAACAAAGACAAUACCUGCAAAGGGUCAAGAGGAGAGACUUGAGGCAGGUCCUGUGGCAACACCAAGGAAACAGAAGAUAUGGAGUAAUGAAGCUCAGGCUGCGGUGAGGCGGCAGCUAGGAGACUUCACUAAACUGAUAAAGAUUCCAGGUAAAAGGGAAUGUGACGCAUGUCUUGCAGCUGAACCAGCUCUACAAGGCAGGACAUGGAAAGAUGUAAAGAACUAUGUGCGUAAUACAUUAAUGACAAUUUGCAGGAGGCAUAUUUCAGGCAAGCAAAAUAUGGACCAUGAAAAACAAAGUCCAAGGACACAAAAACCAGGGGUUCAACAAAAUCCAGGGGUGCAUCAGAAACCAGAGGUCCUGUUGGGACUUCCAGACGAUCCUCCUGUUUAUCUGUACUUAUGAUUACCUUGAACUAGUUUAAAAAGCUUUUGAUUUAAUCUGACCAUCCUUGCUCACUCUGAUCUCACUUUGUAGCAUAAAUCAAGAAUGAAGAAGCAGUUUAAGUAUAUAAUAUCACUACGUACUUUAUUCUACAAAUGUAUCCGUAGCAACUAAGCUACGUAGUGACAUAGUAUGCAUAUACACUACCGGUCAAACGUUUUAGAACACCUACUCAUUCAAGGGUUUUUCUUUAUUUUUUACUAUUUUC